AGUUUUUAGCACAGGAUAACUUUGAACUCGAUAACACCAAAGAUCCUGAUAACACCUGAUAUAACAUGACAGCCAAACCAGUUGAUAUGGCUGCCUCACCGUCUGAGAUAGGGAUGCUGUCCCGAAGUGCAGCUGUCACCUCCAGCUUCAGUUCUGUUCCCGGUGAAGAGAAAGUGGACAAUCUCCUGACUGAGAAAGUUACCAAAGAGAUCACGUGUAACCCAUGUGGUAAGGUGUUCCGGUACGGGAUCAGGACACCUCGUAUUCUGCCCUGUCUCCACACUUCAUGUGAGAGGUGCCUUAAACCUAAAUCUUCCUCCGGGCGAGACAGCAAAAAUUGCAUUCCCGAAGAAGAGCUGGUAGCUGAUGAACUGUUCGCACAGCCACGCGUAACUUGUCCCAUCUGUCGUAAAGAGUCGGACGUUCCCGGAAGUGACAUUUCCAAACUACCUAUGAACUACUACGCUGUGAAACUACUAGAACUCAUUGAUUACUUCAAGCUCGAACGGAAGGGGAGAUUGCCAUGUAUUGGGUGUACCGAACCAGCUCAUUGGCGGUGCAUUGAGUGCGAUGAAAACUAUUGCCAGGACCACUCUGACUUCCAUCAUAAAUCCAGGGCCACAUGUGAUCACAGGAUAUUGACUUUCAAGCAGAUCCUGCUUUCUCCCCGUUCUCUGAGUACAAUGAGAAACCAGUACUGUACCACUCACAACAACAAACCUCUCGAGAUAUUCUGCAAGGACUGUAACCGAGCCAUAUGCACCUUGUGUGCAGUAACACAACACAAGACUCACGAAACAAGAGAGGUUGCGGAAGCUGUGGCAGCACUGAAAGCGAAGGUGGACGCUUUGAAACCUCAGAUUAGUAUGAGUCUUUACUCACUGCGACAAGCUCUUACAAGAGUCAAAACAGCUGCUAGGGAAGUCAAUGUUGAUUCUCAGGUUUCAUCCCGGAAAGUUAGCGGUAUGAUUGAGGUGUGCAUCAGCGCUGUGCGGGAGAAGGAGCGUGAGUUGGUUAGUGAUCUGGAGAAGAAGAAACGCCAGAACACUGAGAUCAUCAACUCUCAGAAAGAGUUAUUGGAAGGAGAACUGUCAUCAAUGCAGACUGGUCGGGAGUUUGUAGAGCGGGCCUUCAUUGGUAGCGAGGUCGAAGUGCUGUGUCUGGAACCCCAAAUAGUCGCUAAGAUGGACGAACUCAUCUCAGGGGACUGUCCCACUAUAAACUCUGAAGUGGACCGUAUCGGCUUCACUCCCAGCGGACAUGACCACAUCUUGAAAGCAAUCGAAGUGCUCGGAAAGGUGGGACCUCCUAAACCAGAUCGUGGUCCCAGAAUGGUAGUUGACGAUAACGGAGAUCUGGUUCUCUUGGAUAACAAGGGAAACGUUAUCCGAGGGGAGACGAAGGAGUUACUCAGACUGCUUAAACAGAACAUCAUCGAGGAAGAGUUGAGAGUGGAUGAGGAGGAAAGGAAGAGAUUACAAGAGGAAGAGGAUGCAAGAUUGGCUAUAUUGAGAGAAGACGAGGAAGCAAGAUUGGCUGCAUUGAAGGAAGAGGACGAUGAAAGAUUGGCUGCAUUGAAAGAAGAGGAACGGAAAAGGGCCGAGGAAGCUGCUCGACUCAAAGCCCUGGAACCGCCCAGGACCCCGACCCCUCUUCCACCACGUGACUUCACCGUUCCAAUCAACUUUAGCAGGACCUUCGGCAGUCAGGGUAACGAGACAGGCAUGUACAGCGGUCCGGUGGGCAUGUGUAUUACAGACAAGAACUACAUUGCUAUUUGUGACGUCCACAACAACCGGAUACAGGUAGUCAAACCAGAUGGAACGUACGUGCUCGGAUUUGGAGUAACAGGCACAGCAGUGGGAGAGUUGAACGGUCCCAACGACAUCUGCAUGUUCAACAACAGAAACUUCAUCAUAGCAGACACUUACAACGACAGGAUCCAGCUGUUCGCCCCGACAGGAAGAUUUAUCAGAACUAUCGGGCAGAAAGCACGCAGACGAGCUAUCUUCAAUAUCCCUGGCUCGCAAAAGAAACCAGAUGCGAUGGAAGGAAUAUUCGAAAAACCAUUCGGUGUUUGCGUUAAUUCUAAACUCCAGAUUUUAGUAUCUGAUAUGGGAAAUCACAGAAUACAAGUUUUCGAAAGGAAUGGUGACUUCUGCAGGCAGAUAGGAGUGCGGGGUGAUGACCCUGGACAGCUAAUGUACCCUUACGGUAUUGCUGUCGACUCACUGGACAACAUAUACGUCUGUGAUCUAGGUAACCACAGAGUACAGAAGUACAACUCAGAAGGUCGGUUUUUGAAGCAGAUAGGGCACGGCAAGGGUGAGAGUGACGGGUGUUUCAUGCAGCCUCGCUCCGUAGCUGUGGACAUUAAGACAGGAUGCGUGUCUAUAGUCGAUACUGCGCUCCAUAGAGUACAGGUGUUCACCAGCGAGGGACAGUUCCUCAACAAGUUUGGUUCCCGAGGCAACUACGAGAACAAAUUCAGCAGUCCCUGUGGCAUAACCACCAACUUCGACGGAGAAAUCUUCGUUUCAGACUUCAGAAACAACAGAAUUCACGUUUUGUAAAAUGUUUUAAAUUAGAACAAUGGGGACAAUGAGGACAAUGAGGACAAUCAUCUCAUUGGUUUUACUGAAAUAGUUUGAGUCUCUUACUUAUACUUUUAACUGUAUCCAGAUACACUGAUACAGGUUGAAGCAUUUAAUUUUAAGUGAACACUUCACUUUCCCAACACAUUUUAGGCUGCUUUGUUUUGCGCCAUGUUUUUAUUCAGCCACUUCGAAUAA